AUGAGAGAGGAAGGAAAAAAUGGUGGAGGAGAUUGGGAGAAAAAACUGCAGCAGUUCUGGUUCCCAAAUUUUUUCAUGGAGGCCAAAAAAUUGAUUGAUGAUACAGACGCUCAACGAAAUGAUUUGGAAAACCAGAUCAGGAAAAUGCAAGAAGAGAUUGCGGAGUACAAGAAAAAAUAUGAUGAAGCGCUGGAAGGACAUGAAAAUGAUCGAGCAAAAAUUGAUAAACUGCUCACAGUUUUGGCUGAUAUCGAAGCUGAAGCUAAUCUGUUGAGAAGAAGAAUCAACGAAUUAGAAGAGGAAGUAUCACGUAUCAAGAAGGAAAAUCAACAUUUGAUUGGCGAACUUCAACGCGCUCGAACUGACUUGGAUCAAGAGACGCUGAAUCGUAUUGACUAUCAAAACCAGGUUCAAACACUUCUGGAAGAGAUAGACUUCCUUAAACGUGUCCAUGAUCAAGAGAUUAAAGAACUGCAAACCUUAGCUGCACGAGAUACUACGCCAGAGAACCGCGAAUUCUUCAAAAAUGAACUAGCUUCGGCAAUUCGAGAUAUUCGUGCCGAAUAUGAUCAGAUUUCAAAUGUUAACCGAACUGAUAUGGAAUCGUGGUACCGACUUAAAGUUCAAGAAAUUCAAACUCAAUCGGCUCGUCAAACUAUGGAACAAGGAUACGCUAAGGAGGAAGUUAAGAGACUUCGUACUCAGUUGGCUGAUCUGCGCGGAAAAUUAGCUGACCUCGAAAGUCGCAAUGCUCUUUUGGAAAAACAGAUUCAAGAGCUCAACUUCCAACUGGAAGACGAUCAACGCUCUUAUGAAGCAGCGUUAAAUGAUAGAGAUGCUCAGAUCAGAAAGAUGAGAGAAGAAUGUCAGGCACUGAUGGUCGAACUGCAAAUGCUGCUUGAUACAAAACAGACGCUAGAUGCGGAAAUCGCCAUCUACCGUAAGAUGUUGGAAGGUGAAGAGAAUCGUGCAGGUUUGCGUCAACUUGUGGAACAGGUUGUUCGUACUCACGGUCUUACACAACAAGAGGAUACUGAAACUCUUCGCGUUGUUAAAAGCGAAACGGCAUCACGGCAAUCCUUCCAACGAUCCGCCAAGGGAAAUGUGUCAAUCCAUGAGGCUCCAGCAGAUGGCAAAUAUAUUGUCCUACAAAAUACACAUCGUGCUAAAGAAGAACACAUCGGAGAAUGGAAAUUAAAGAGAAAAAUUGAUGGCAAAAAAGAAGUCGUUUUUACAUUCCCAAAAGACUAUGUUCUUAGACCGGGAAAGAGUGUUAAGAUUUUUGCUAGAGGUCAUGGAGUUGCAUCACCACCUGAUCAACUGGUGCACGAAGGUGACGAUUCAUUUGGUGUUGGUUCCAACGUUCAUACCAUUCUAUAUAGUCGCGACGGCGAAGAACGAGCCACACAUAUUCAACGAUCCAGUCAGUGA